AUGGAAAGUAUUAUUAACCGUCUGAAGGUGGAUAGGAUGAAUUUUUAAUUGUCAAAGUUUAUUCUGAAAUAUCAUGAGAUGAACACACAUUGCAACUAAAGGGCAUAAUUUAAGUCUAUAAAUCAUGAGGGACAGACUUGAACACCUUCAGGCGGUAUCAGAAUCCAAUGGGACUGUAGUGGAACAUGAACAAGCCCAUGCUCUCCAUUUCUCAGAUGGAGACCACGAUGACCCUCCUCAGGACCCCGGCAGCACCAACCCUGAUUUGGAGUCUGUUUUUGAUGAGGCACAGGAAGCUCGACGUGAGAUUCAAUUGAUCCGUUUGGAAGUGAAGAAUCUCAGAGAGAAAAACUUGCGCAUCUUUACGGAGGCAAUGUGCACCGGUACCCCAAAUACCAGUGACUCUAAUGCUAUUGCUGCUGACAUCAAAACCCGUGGACAGGAAAUGCUUGCGCACCUUCGCAAGAUGGAUUCCCAUGCCAAAGAGUUAGAAGAGAAGUAUGGUGUCAAUUCACCUGUGGCAAGAAUAGCUCGAGCCCAGUAUACAAGCAUAAGCACAGGCUUCCGUGAUGCCAUGGUGGAGUACAACGAGGCAGAGAUGAGCCACAGAGAAUCCUGCAAAGCAUACAUUCAACGACAAAUGGAGAUUGUGGGACGAGAGGUCACAGGUGACCAGAUCGAAGAGAUGCUGGAGAUCGGCCAGUGGAACAUCUUUAGUGAGAACAUGGUUUCAGAAGGUAAAACUGCACGGUCGGCACUCAUUCGGAUUGAGAGCAGACAUACAGAACUACUACAGCUGGAGAGACGCAUUCAGAGCCUUCAUGAAGUUUUUAUGGAUGUGGCCAUGCUAGCAGAAGAACAUAGGUCAAUGGUAGAAUGCAUUCACACCCAUGUGCAGUCAACUGAGGUGGAGGUCAGGGAUGUCCUUGUGAAGCUCGAGAGAGCCAAGAGACAUGAUAGAAGCAAUCCCUUUAAGAAAAUGUUCUUCUGGAAGCGGUGACAUGGCCACGGAUUUCACAAUGUUCAAAGGAAUUAUACCAAAUGUGAUGAAUUGCUUUUCUCUGAACUUUUAUUUUGUAUACUUGGUUUUAUAUAGAUGUGUUCUUAUUUUUUAGUAUAAACCAAUGGACUUUAACGGGAUCAACAGAGUUCUUAAAAAUCUUUAAAAAUACCUUUGUGUCUGUGGCAAACAUGAAAUGAGGAUUGUGUUCAAAAGACAACUUUGUGUAUAAGUGCAGUAUUAAAUAAAUUACUGUAGAGUAGGGCUGUCACGAUAAACCGACGAUAAAUAUCACGUGAUGUAUGCACAGCUUUUGAGUGAAGUACGGAAAAUGCUGCUGCAUCCGAAAGCCAGAGGGCGCUCUCGUGCGGAAACUCCAAAUACGCACUGCAGAAGAAGAUCAUAACACGUUCUAGAAUCUAGGAAAUGCCCCAACCGUUUUAUUACGAGGUAUACAUUUUAGGUCAAUCUGAAGAUUUAAAUUAGAAAUAUUUUUUAAUAUUCAGUCUUAUCCUGCAGAUGAAUAAAACUCCACGUUUGCCAUGAGUGCCAGUAUGCUCUUCCUUGGCUACUGAAGUUGCACCCUUUAUGCUGAAUUUCUAAUUUGUUUUCAUUAUACAUUAUUGCAUGUCAAAUGAAGCAUAAAUGUAGCACAGACUAAAACAAAACAACAUAAUACUAUCUUGUUAUAAAAUAAAGAAAUUAUGAGAUGAAUAAAGAAAAACAUGUUU